CAUCACUCUGGAAAUUAGGCAUCGGGUCGAGCGAUCUAUUACACUCCCGUAAGGUGUUAUGCUUUUGUGUUAUGGUUAAUCAAGGAUGGCCGUUUAAUACAAGGAUUAAGUGAAUCUGGUCUCUCGUGAAACAGCAAAACAAAGGACUGGUUAAUGAAUGGGGAAAGCACGGGUGUACUCUUGAUAUUUCUUCGAAUGGGUUAAACCCUCGUGGACUGAAAGAAUAUGAAUCACAGAUGGGCUUCAAAUACCUGGGUGAAAAUAAGUAGAGCAUUGCUUAUAUGGCAGUCCCAUGCUCACAAACCAGCAGCAUCAUUGCCUUUGUGUGGUGCGUUUCACUGUAAGAGUCAUGCACAGCAGCCUGUUUUCCAUAAGGAAUGCUAUCUCAGCUGGAGGCACAUUCACCACCUGAGGGCCAAGGGUCGCAAGGUGGGGUUCUUUAAAGGUAACCAAGUUAGACAUCGGCUUGGCCUCCACACCAGCACCCUGUAUUUGAACACUUCAGCUUCAAAGUGGUCUGCUGGCCUGAGCCGACAUAUGUCUCGUGUCAGGAACACGCUGGACACAGUUUCCAAAGCUGUGAGUGGGACACAUACAGAGCUUAUGUCAAAGAUCUCCAGACUCAAACCUAAUGCUUUAAAGGCUGAUAAAAAUGCUGAAGCCAGUGUUGAGACAAGGCCCAAACCUGAUGAGAAUACAGUCACAUCCACUUACGAUCCUUCUAAUACUGCUCUCUCUCCAGCAUCAACUGCUCAGAAACCUGUUGUUCAGAGAUCUUCUGCCAAUCCGUCCCUUUCCACUUCUGCCACAUGUGAUACAAGUUCCAUUACCUCCACUCAUACUCAGACUUCUACCCAAGAGACUGUCACUGCUACAGUCCCAACUGUAACUGAACCGAGGGAGAAAAAACUGAGACGUAUUGCUCCUGGUGUCAAAGCUACUCGUUCCAGGAGGCAAGAGGAGCUCCAGCCUUCGCUGAAUGAUUUGGAGAGCAAGAGCACAAUGCCCAAACAAUCCACAGACCUCUUCCAUCCGAGCACCUUUUCAGUGAACCUGGGUGAGACUUACACCUAUGUAGCAAAUCAUGUCAACUCAUACUUUGGCAGCAGCAUAAACACUCAGGACAAGAAAGAAGAGCAUCUUGAAAGCUCUUCCACUUCCUCUCAGGAUCAACAAACCUCAGACCUCAUGCCGGUGUCUGAUAAGAAAGACCCUGCUCCCCCAAAGAGGGGUUUAGGACAGUACCUGUCUUAUUCAGCUCCAACUGUGCAGGCAUUUGUUGGGAACUACAUAGCACCUCUUGUUCCUAAGUUCAGAACAGGAGAGUCCACGAGCGCUGUACUGGAGGAAAAGAAAUCAGAGGACGUGUCAGUGAAACAGGCUGAGGUUAGUAACGAGCAGAAGGCUGCGGAGGAGAAAGCCAAGAAACUUCUGCACCAAAGGGAAAAGAUUAUUGCAAGGGUGAGUGUGGACAAUCGAACCCGGGCACUGGUUCAGGCUCUCCACAGGGCAUCAGAUGUAAAGGUCUAUAUCAACAGGGUGGAGGACUUAAGUUACCACCUCUUGGAGUUUCCAGAGACUCGUGGCGUUGCAGUGAAGGAGAACGUUAUCCCUUGCCUCCUCCGUCUGGAACAGGCUAACGAUCCGGGUCUGAGAGCAGCCGUUAGAGAAGCACUCGCUCUGGUUGGCUAUCAUAAACCUGUCAAAGGCAGAGGAAUAAGGAUCUUGUCCAUAGAUGGAGGAGGUUUAAGGGGAAUUGUUGCCCUUCAGACGUUACAGAAGCUAGAAGCCCUGACUGGGAAACCCACUUACAAACUGUUUGAUUAUAUCUGUGGUGUCAGCACAGGUGCUGUGCUCGGGUUCAUGCUAGGCAUGUUCCAGAUCCCUCUGAAAGAGUGUGAUGAUCUGUACCGAAAGCUGGGCUCAGAUAUUUUCAAGCAGAAUGUGUUUGUCGGCACCAUGAAGAUGGGCUGGAACCACGCUUUCUAUGACAGUGAAGCGUGGGAGAACAUUCUCAAAGAGAAAAUGGGCUCUCACCUCAUGGUGGAGACUUCAAGAAACCCUGACUGCCCCAAGGUGGCAGCUGUGAGCACCAUUGUGAAUCGGGGCACUCCUCUGAAGGCAUAUGUUUUUAGGAACUACAACCUGCUGCCUGGGAUGCGCUCACACUACCUUGGGGGCUGCCAGCAUCAGCUUUGGCAGGCCAUCCGCGCCACAUCAGCAGCCCCCGGGUAUUUCCAGGAGUUCCCUUUGGGGAAUGAUCUCCACCAGGAUGGAGGUCUACUGAUUAACAACCCCACAGCACUUGCUAUACAUGAGUGCCAGUGCUUGUGGCCUGACACGCCUCUGGAGUGUGUGGUCUCGCUCGGUACGGGUCGCUUUGAAUCUACUGGCAAAAGCAACGCUGCAUAUACAAGCCUCAAAACAAAACUCACCAACGUCAUCAGCAGUGCUACAGACACUGAAGAGGUUCACGCCAUGCUCGACGCCUUUCUUCCUCCAAACACUUACUUUCGCUUCAACCCCUACAUGAGCGAGGAUUUCUCCUUAGACGAGAACCGCCAAGAGAAGCUCAACGCGCUGCAGGCUGAGGGCUUGCGUUACCUUGAGAGGAAUGAGGACAAGCUGAAGAAGGCAGCUCGUAUCCUGACCCGAGAGAAAAGCUCCAUCCAGAAGAUGACUGACUGGGCCAGGCUCAGGGUUGAUAUGUAUAAUGGUCUGUCCUUUUACUCGUCCAAGUUUUAGAUUCCACUCGAGCCAUGUUUUUCUGGUCCACACGAACAUGGAAACUUACCGAGGUCCAAGUGUCAUAUUUAUUGCCCUGUAGCUCUGAAGAACAUUAUGUAUGUGCACAAGCAGGUAAUGUAUACAACAUGCCAAAUGCCGCCUCCUCACUCUCACUUGACACUGUGAUGUGAUUUUAGUUUAAAUGUGCCAACAUCUGUGGCAAUGAAGAUUUAUCCGAUGUAUAACACUUGACUUAGCAUAGCAUUUAAAGAAGAUCUUUUAAAUGGCUUGUCGAUUUAGAAGCUCCCUGAGUAGAGAUUCUACAACAGCUGAUGGCAGUAGUUUAACAUUUAAGUGACUUCUUUGCCAAAAUGAAUGCUGAUUUUGUGUUGCAGAUGCUCAGUUAUCUCCAGCAGACAAUUGGCUUAGGUUAAAGACUGAACUAAAGACUGAAAUUUGUCUGGAUUCUUCAGAAGGUAAUAAAAUCCAGAAUCUGCCUGAAAAAAAACUAUCUGUUCUCAAUUUAAGACUUAAAGCUAACGUUAGCUAACUAGCUGCUGGGACUUGAUAAAUAUUGGUAAAAGUGGUGUCGAUGUUUUAACUUAACAUUCUGAUAACUUUAUCUCCUUUAAUGUUCCUUUCAAACAUAGAACACAAUGACUUUAUUUCGCAGAUAAGCUAGUAAUGGUGGCAUUAACAAUGAUCUUCCCACCAUGUGGAUAUUUACUGAUCAUUUACUUUUGUUUAAAAUACUGAAAACCAGUGCAUCCUCACAAACCAGUAUUUAUAUUCUCACAUAAAAAGAACAAAAUAUAUAUAUAUAUAGAUGGACUUCAUGUGUUGUUGAGUAAAUGUAUAACCUGUGAAACUGCAUUGUUAAGAAAAAAGUCUAAAAUUAAUAACUAAAAUUUGCACAACAAAUACAGCUACUGCUAAACUGUGUAAUUGUAUUUUGAUAAGAGUAACACUGAUACACAAGGGGCCCACAUGAAAUGUUACAGAGCUAUAAAGUAUGUCAGUACAAUUUACAUAUGAUGAUAAAAAAAUAAAGAUGUCUAUGGGUCUUAGAUAUAUGCAGAUGGGGAACAAAUUGGAGAGGGGAAAAACACCUUAGUGUGUUAGUAAGGUGUUAGGCUACCACAGCAGCUUCAGUGGGCUUUGGGAUUAAUUGUACAUGUCACUCAGUUGGUAUUUUGUUGAUGAAGUGCUGUUUAACACUUUGAUCCAAAAUGUCCUCUGGCUGUUAAGGAGUAUUUUUCUACAGUUUUUCAUUCUUAUCAUAGAUAACUUGCAUCCGCACAGCCGUCUUCAUCAUCUCAAAGUGUCUGCAGUAUGUUUAACCUGCAAAAAAACCAACACAGCCUAACAGAGAGGCCCUAGGGGUCAAGGGUUUUUUAUGUUGUUGGUUUUUUUUGUCACGUGUAUGUAAAUUGUGAUAAGGAUCCAGCUAGAGCCUCACUGUCAUAAAGCGUGAAUUUUUAUGUGUUAUUUAAACCGCAGAGUAUUUUUAGUUCAGUUGUUUCAAGCGCUUUUAUCAUUGUGCGCUUUUAUUGUUCGGUUUUCUGAAAUCCCCGCAGGCUACUCACAUUUUCUGCUCUGUCUUUAGUGUGCCCUCUUUCCCUUUGAUGCCUGUUCUCAAAAGCCGCUUUUACCCUUUCCACCUUGAAGUGCUGUGUUUUAGUCCCGACUCUACUGCACUGUACCGUUUGUUGAAAUCACACAGGGUUUAUCUGAUGGGCUGGAUUAAAACAGAUGGCUGCUUAUUGAUUGGCUGGGAUGUAAAAUGAUUUUCAUACGCUGCUACUUUUGCUGCACAUAAAUGCAUUGCAGGCGUCCAUUUCGGCGCCUAACCUGGUCACGUACCAUAUUACUGAUACGACAUUGUGUCGGUUACUCCCAGAGGGCCUGCAGCCAACACAGAUAUCACCCAGAUUAAUAUAAUUCCACUCACCUCUUGUUGGUCCUGUGUUUAAAUAUUGUUUGAGAGUGUAAUUAAAACCCA